UGUUGUCCGAAACACAAUACAACGGCCGGCCAAGGCACUGCUACUUCUUCUCCCACUCUCUCUCUCUCUCUCUCUCUCUCUACUGCACUGCACUGCACUGCACUGCACGGCACUGCACUAAAAGCAAUCCCUUGCCUGCUCUCUUCCCUAGUUCCUAACUCCUCCAGUGCUCUCUCUCUCUCUCUCUUCAAAUCAAUUCAAGUUCCGGAGGAUCGAUUAUAAGUCAACUGUGAAAUCAACAAAGGAAGAAGGGCUUUUUGAAGGCCAUAAGUCUACAAAUACUGGGAACAGGCUUUGUAGACUCUAGCAUAUUCCUUAGCGAAACAAUUUUUUGUGCAUGAUAUGGCUCUCAACUGUGCCCUUCUCUGUUUUAGUACCUUCGGCUCAAACCCUCAACUUUCAACCAAUCAUUUCUCUGGUACGACGGUUUUCAGAAAGGAAGCCAUUAAAGCAGCGACUUCUUCUUCUUCUACCCUCUCGACGUCCCAUCGUCCUCGUCUUUGUAGACUCCAAGGCAAAGCAUUUUCUGGUGGCAACGGGCCACCUGAUACGAAUGAAUCAUCACUUGUGGUAUGCUUUGGAGAAAUGUUGAUUGAUUUUGUCCCAACUGUUAGUGGGCUUUCAUUAGCUGAAGCACCUGCCUUUAAGAAGGCGGCGGGAGGUGCACCUGCAAAUGUUGCUGUUGGCAUAUCUCGGCUUGGAGGUUCAUCGGCUUUUAUUGGAAAAGUUGGUGAAGAUGAAUUUGGGUACAUGCUCGCUGAUAUUUUGAAGGAAAAUAACGUGAACAAUGAUGGAAUGCGUUUUGAUCCUGGUGCAAGAACUGCUCUAGCUUUUGUUACACUCAGGAGUGACGGGGAGCGUGAAUUCAUGUUUUACCGUAACCCAAGUGCUGAUAUGCUUCUCAAAGAAUCGGAACUUGAUUUUGAUAUCAUCAGGAAGGCCAAAAUUUUCCAUUAUGGUUCUAUAAGUUUAAUUACAGAGCCAUGUAAGUCUACUCACAUUGCUGCUGUAAAAGCUGCGAAAGAUGCUGGUGUGCUUCUGUCUUAUGACCCCAACCUGAGACUUCCCUUGUGGCAAUCUGAAGAAAGUGCCAGAGAGGGAAUCCUUAGUAUAUGGGAGCUUGCGGAUAUUAUUAAGGUAAGUGAAGAAGAGAUUUCUUUCCUGACAAAAGGAGAAGAUCCAUAUGAUGAUGCUGUUGUUCGUAAACUUUUCCAUUCAAAUCUCAAGUUGCUGGUUGUGACUGAGGGCCCUGAAGGUUGCAGGUACUACUCAAAGGAUUUCAGUGGGAGGGUUCAUGGUGUUCCAGUGGAUGCUGUAGAUAACACUGGUGCUGGAGAUGCUUUUGUUGCUGGAAUUUUAACACAACUAGCUACCGAUCUCUCAUUGCUUCAGGAAGAAGACAGACUGAGAGAAGCUCUUAAGUUUGCCAAUGCUUGUGGUGCAUUGACUGUGAUGGAGAGAGGUGCCAUUCCAGCUCUGCCAUCUCGAGAAUCUGUAAUGAAUGCCCUGCUCAAGUCUGUUCCUUAGAUCCUCACUCAAGCUCUUGUAAUUUUGUACCUGAAUUACAAUUGUGCAGGAAUCUUCUUAGUCUGCUAAAUGCUAAUGACACAUUUUGGUUAGAUAAUAAGAGAUUACAGAUUGGAGAUUGUAAUGUAAUAAAUAAUCCAUUUAUGUAGAGUCUGCUGCAUAGUUUGAAGCUUUUCUCCUCAAGUUAUGUGGAGGUUAAACCAGUAUUAUAAAAACCAGUGAGCUGAACUUAGGGAGUGGCUGCGUUUCCAGUUUGACCAUGUCUUUGACUUCUUGUUAAACUUAGUGAACGGUGGAAUCCAUAUGUUGAAUGGUCUCAAAAUCUAAAGUGUUUGUGGACAAGUUGUUCA